UAAACUGGUUUGUCACACACGGUUCACAUUCCUCUAUAUAUAAUGAAUGUGUCAGUGCGGUUUCAUUGAAACUACUUUUUACCCCACAAGCUUGUCUUUGGAUUAUGCCGUGAGAGUUUUAACAUGUCUCGGAGUAGUUCAGCGAACCAUAGCCGUUACAGCACUCUGGAGAAACCCAGACGCAAUGGAAGAUACAGCAGCUCCAGCAGCCGCAACAGCUCCAGAGAAGUGCUGUGCGAUUUCUGUCUGGCAAAGAAGAACAAGGCGGUGAAGUCAUGUUUGACGUGCUUGACCUCAUUUUGUGAGACUCAUCUCCAGGCUCAUUAUGAGUAUCCAGCUCUCAUGAAGCACAAACUGGUGCCAGCAACAGGGCAACUGCGUGAGAAGAUCUGCGCUGAACAUGAUAAACUUCUAGAGGUUUUCUGUCGUUCUGAUCAAGCAUGUGUUUGCGUUUUGUGUAUCAUGGAGGAACACAAAAAACAUGAUAUUGUUUCAGCAGCAGCUGAAAGGACAGAAAAGCAGAAACAGCUUGGAGCGAAACUGAUGACUUCACAGCAGAAGAUUGAGGAAAGGACGAAGAAAUGGCAAGAUCUCAGGCAGGCAGUGGCAUCCAUAAAACACUCAUCUCAAAGUGUGUUGGAUGAAAACGAGCGUAUUUUCACUGAACUGCUGCGAGCACUAGAGAGGAGGCAUGGAGAAGUGAAGGAGAUGAUCCGAGCCCAGGAAACCCGUCUGCUGACACAUGCAGAGGGACACCUGGCCAGGCUGGAGGAGGAGAUUACAUUACUAAGAAAGAAACAUAAUGACCUGGAGCAGCUGUCCCAAUCCGAUGAUCAUAUCCACUUCUUACAGAGCUGGCAGUCUCUCUCUGCUCCUUCUGGAUAUGAAGACUUGUCCAAAGUGACAUUAGCCCCUCACCACACAUUUGACAAUGCAAAGAAAGCCAUCUCUAACCUGAAAGUGCAAUUAGAAGACAUAAGCAAGGGAGAAAUGAUCAAAAUCUCAUCAGCAGUAAAAGAGGUUAAAAUUCUCCAGACUGUGGACCCAGCAAAAAGGGAGGACUUCUUAGAAUAUUUCUGUCAGCCCUCAACAGAUCCUUUAACAGCCCACCCGAACCUGCACCUGUCAGACAAAAACACAGUGGUGCGGAUGAGCAACGAGCCAAAGUCGUACCCAGAGCAUCCCGAUCGAUUCGAAUACUGGCAGCAGGUGCUGUGUAAGGAAGGUCUGGCCGGCGGCCGCUACUACUGGGAAGUGGACUGGAGUGGCACAGAAAUAGACAUUGCUGUGACUUAUAGAGGAAUUGAGAGGAAAGGAAACGACAAAACGGGCAGCUUUGGGGGGAAUGACAAGUCUUGGAGUUUGUACUGCUCUGAAUCCGAGUACUCCUUUGUACACAACAACAAAAGCACCACUCUAUCUGUCCCCAGUUCCUCCAGGAUAGGGGUGUAUGUAGACUAUGAGGCUGGGACAGUGGCAUUUUAUAGUGUGUCUGACAAGAUGAACCUUCUUUAUAAGGUUCAAACUAAAUUUACUGAACCCGUCUACCCUGGCCUUGGAGUCUGGGGGUACGGAACUACAGUGCGACUGUAAAUAUAGAGAUAUAUUUGUUUGCUGAAUGUUGAUCAGCAUGCGGUUGUCACAUAUUUAUUUUAUGGUAUGGUAUGGUAUGGUACAAAUGCUUUAUUUCGAACAAAUAAAAAAUAAAAACACUAAAUUGGAAAAG